AUGCUUGGCGGCGUGGACUAUGCCAGCGAACUUAGAGAAAAUAUCUUCGUUCCAGAAUUGGAGGACGAAGGUUCAAUGGAUAUCGAAGAGCUACGAAGGCGUUACGGAUAUACUGCUGGAGGAAGUGCAGAGGCCGAUUGCGACAGUAGCCCUGAUGCGGCGGGAAACGCUGGUGAAGGCGAAGCACAAGAUGCGGAAGCAAGUGAAAGCACAGAAUUCUUUCAUCUCCCUUAUGAUGAACUGGAUGAGGGUGAGGAGUCAGAUGACAAGGACUAUGCACCACCAGAUCCAUGGAAAAAAGAUGUACGUGUCGAUGCAGGUCGUUAUCAAGCUGCUGUUCCAGAAUCUAUGAAUGAUGAAACAUCACUGGCCUCGAGUGACAAUGACCAUGAUUUACCGAAUUUGCCAGUUCCAGCACCAGGCGGUGCCUUAUGGGUGCCUGCCCACGAUCUCGCAGAAGCAGAAAUAGACCGAUACUUGGUAGAUAUAGUGAAUUUGCGCGCUGCACAUGGUCAAAUCUUCUCUGAACGUUAUUCUACGGUGAGAUGA